AUGGCCGGCCACCGGAUACGGGCCCUUCUCGUCCCGCUCGGCAUUUUGAUGAUCGCCAACUCGGCGACAGCCUGCAUUUGCCUGCCACAACUCUCCCUCCCGCCACUACCACUUUUCGGCGGCUCGUCAUGCUGUCCGCCACCUCCAGCUCCGAGCUGCUGUGGAGGGGCUGCGCCGCCGCCAUGUGGAGGGCCUCUUGGCGGAGGUUGCGGUGGAGGUGCUGCUCCUCCUCCUCCUCCUCCCCCUCCUCUUGUUCCAUCAUAUGGCCAACUCGGUGGCUACGUCCCGCCGCCACCACCCCCGAACCCCGUCCAGUUUCCGCAACAACCGCUGCUCUCCAAUAUGAAUCCGCUAUACGCCACGGGCGGCGGUGGAGGCGGUGGCUUCAACCAGGGCCCUACCCAGACAAUGGUCGCGUCGUCCCAGUUCGUCUCGCAGAAUCGUCCGGAAACGUCUGACCUCGGCUCGAACGGCUUCACCGGCACGGGGACGAACAACUACGGCAGCACGGGGCGCCAACCCGAGGUGGCCGACGGCGGCGACGAGUACGACGAUGUGGAUGAAGGAUCUACCCCGGGUACGGUAGCCGGAAAUGCCGGCCGAGAGGGCAUUGAUAAGGAGGUCUCCGAAUAUGAGGAUGUCGAGAGCGAGGUCGUCCAGCCGAUCGCUCCCAGCACUACCGGAGGCUCCUCUGCACAGGCCAAGCCACAGACUUCAGAGUACACCGAGAGCGUCCACAUGCCUACAAACGCGAUCAACCCUCCCACUGGGGAGGCGUCAAACUACGGACAGCCCAAAUCGACCGCCGGGAAUACGGUAGAUGACUACGGGGAUGUGGAGGAUCAGCUGGCGACUACGCAACGCCCCGCUCCCGCCGAGGUGCCCUACAGUAUCCCGUCAUCGCGCGAAAAUCAGCGACCGGCUGAGGAGGUGCCCUAUCAACUGCCGAGGGGAGGAAGCCAGGAGAUCCCCGAACUCAUCACUCCGUCUCCAUCCGGGUCCUACAACGGCCCCUCCUACAGUACCCCGGCUUCUCCAGCUCCUGGAGAUGAUCAAGGAGAAGAUGGAUACAGCGAGGGCGACAAGAAGGAGGCCGAGCUCCCGAAUGCUCUCCAGUACAAGCCCACCCCACCUACCGUAUCCCAGCCAGGCCGCGGAAACUCGGAUUAUGAAGAGCUGCCUGAUGCACCGGCUGAGGUACUG